AUUCACGUUGAUGAGAGUUCUUUGCAAAAAAUUUCAUGCAAUGAAAUUGAAACCUGGAUCUUUGUACUGAUUUCUCGGCAUUCGUCGCCACUAGUGACAUCUAGUGAGAGAUUUUUGAAUAACCUCACCGCAGCCGAUAUCUUUGCAGGUGAUUCAAAAGUUACCAAUACCACAUCAGUACCACGCCCACGAUUAAUACAGAUCCAUUAUAGAAUAAUAAUGCUACUGCAAAUUCUGGUCCUGAUCGUCCCCGGUAGCAUUUUGGCCGCCAAUCAGCCACAUCAACGACAACAUUCUGCUUCUUAUGGUACACUCGUAGAUUUCACAGAUCCCAAGGUACAAGGUCAUCUCGACGCACUAGUUCGAAUGGCACAGUCUUGCGUCAUCAAAGUUCGAGCGACCCCCAAAGACGUCCGAGCGUAUUUCACCAACUCACCCCCAGUCACAAGGUCGGGGCAAUGUUUCGCUGCUUGUAUGCUGGAGCAGAGUGACGUCAUAAGCCAUGGAAAGGUUAACAGGGAUCUCCUGGUCCAUUUGGCCAGUCUGGUCAACGGUAAGAACUCCCGUGUGGUCAGAAAACUGAGCAGCAUAUCCCGAAUUUGUCUAGACAGCAUUGAAGGCAUGUCUGACAGGUGUCAAUUGGCAUCUACAUACAACGAUUGUCUAAAUGAAAACAUGCUGGAGUUCGCCUUUCCAUUGGACAUAGCCGAGGAAGCAGUCAGAAAAAUGCCCUUUCAUUUAAUACAGCCCAAUUUACCUCAAGGCUACAAGCAUGGAGCGUGAACUAUGUAAACCUCAAUUGUUUUAUAUUUUUGCAUUCACAUUUAUAUCCUUACUUCAUAAAGUAUUAUACAUAUUAAAAACAUUCGAUAUUUUUCGAUUAAAUUACUUUUA